UGGCCGGGCUGGGCCGGGCGGAGCGCUCCCCGGGUGGCUGUGCCUGCGUGGGGGAGGCGGAGGACUGGUCUCACUGCCGUCCUUCGCUCUCUGGCGAGGGACAAAUGGAGGUUCAGUGGCGUCAGGGCGGCCGGGGCCGCGGCCGCGGCAGGCCCGGGGACGAGCUCGCCGCUCGCUCUGGGGCUGCCGCCCGGCCCCCGGCCGCUCGGGGCCGCGGCGGUGUCCGCGCUGCGGCAGCGGGGACCAUCGGAGAGGGGGCCAGCGAGUUAUCUUCACUGAAGAAGUUUGAUGAAAUUAAGAAAGCUAAUCAGGCUGCAGCAAAAAAGCUAGUUGAAGACCAGUUAAGCUCCUCUUCUGAAGAUGAUGAUGAAGAUGCUGAAGUAAAACAAGGAAAGAUUUUGGACAAAACAUUUACCAUUUACACUAGUCAAACUGAUGGAGAUGCAAGUGAACUGGAACGAACGAGACAGUACAUGAAUGAGGCUUUUCAGUCAGGGGCCAUGACAUGUCUCAUCUGCAUUGCUUCAGUUAAAAGGAACCAAGCUGUCUGGAGCUGUUGUGGAUGCUUCUGUAUAUUUCAUCUGGUGUGUAUCCAAAAGUGGGCCAAGGACAGUCUCUUUCUUGUGUCUUCCCCUUUGACGGAUGAUGAUUUUGGGAAGAAAGAUUAUCCCUGGCCAUGUCCAAAAUGUAGGUUUGAAUACAAACGCUCUGAAACUCCCAGUAGGUAUUACUGUUACUGUGGAAAAGUGGAGAAUCCAACAGUGGACCCAUGGCUGGUACCUCACUCCUGUGGUCAGAUAUGUGAGAGGGAAUUCAAACCUUCCUGUGGUCAUAAAUGUUUGCUGCUUUGUCAUCCAGGACCGUGUCCACCUUGCCCAAAGAUGGUCACAACAACCUGUCACUGUAAGAAAGCCAAACCAGUGCCCCGAAGAUGCAGUGCCAAGGAGUGGUCUUGCCGCCUGCCGUGUGGACGAACAUUGCUGUGUGGGCAGCAUGCUUGUGAGAAUCCCUGUCAUGCAGGAGACUGUCAGCCUUGUCCACGUGUCAGUAAACAACGGUGUAUCUGUGGGAGGCAGAUAGCAGAGAGACUUUGUGCAAGUCCUCAAUGGCAGUGUGAUCAGGUGUGUGGGAAAUGUUUGCCCUGUGGCAAUCACACAUGUGAAAAAGUUUGUCAUGCUGGUCCCUGUGGAGACUGUCCUCGUUCUGGGAAAAGGUCCUGUCCGUGUGGAAAAACAAAGUUUACAUUGCCUUGUACAGAAGAUGUGCCCACCUGUGGUGAUAGCUGUGAUAAAGUUCUGGAAUGUGGCAUCCAUAAAUGUUCACAGCGCUGUCAUCGGGGUCCCUGUGAAAUAUGCAGACAGGAGGUUGAAAAGCAAUGUCGCUGUGGGAAACACACCAAGCGCAUGCCAUGCCAUAAGCCAUAUCUGUGUGAAACAAAGUGUACUAAAAUCCGGGAUUGUCAGAAGCACCAGUGCCGGAGGAAGUGCUGUUCUGGAAACUGUCCACCUUGUGAUCAAGUCUGCGGGCGGACUCUCGGCUGCAGAAACCACAAAUGCCCUUCAGGCUGCCAUAGAGGUAGUUGUAAUCCAUGCCCGGAGACUGUAGAUGUGAAAUGCUGUUGUGGAAAAACUGUCAUUAAAGUGCCCUGUGGCAGAGAGCGUACCAUCAAACCUCCCAAAUGCAAGCAGCUGUGCAGUCGGCCACCUACUUGUCACCAUUCUACCCAGGAGAAGCACUAUUGUCACUUCGGGCGGUGCCCUCCGUGUCGCCAGCCCUGCCAGAAAACCUUAACGUGUGGUCACUUGUGCCCUGUUUCCUGCCAUGACGAAGCACUUGUGAAGCAAACUGGCAUACAUCAAUCUGCAGGGCCUUGGGAACAGCCAUCUGAGCCAGCCUUCAUUCAAACUGCACUACCAUGCCCUCCCUGUCAGGUUCCUGUACCAGUGGAGUGUCUUGGACAACAUGAGAUUAGUCCAUUACCAUGUCACUCUGCAAAUCCCUACUCGUGUAAGAGAUUGUGUGGGCGGCUUCUUGAUUGUCAGAAUCAUACCUGUAUGAAAGAAUGUCAUCAUGUAACUAAAUCUAGCAGUAGUGCAGAUGGAAAGAAGGCGGGUCCCGAAUGUUCACAGUGUGAAGAGGAGUGCACCAAGCCCCGGCCAGCUGGCUGUCCUCACCGAUGUGCUUUGCCCUGUCAUCCUGGGGAUUGCCCAUCAUGUCUCCAGAUGCUUAAAUUGAAGUGUCACUGCAAACUAUCAGUACUGUAUGUUGAAUGCUUAAAACUAACAUGUGCUGAUUUAAAAGAAAAGGAGCUUCUUAUUUCCUGCAGAAAUCAGUGUCCAAAAGAGUUGCCCUGUGGUCAUCGGUGUAAAGAGAUUUGCCAUUCAGGUAGCUGUCCUCUUAACUGCAACCAGAAGGUUAAACUCCGAUGUCUCUGUAAGAGACUGAAAAAGGAAGUACAGUGCAGCAAGAUACAAGAAGGCCAAGUUUCACUGGAAUGCGAUGCAUUGUGCAAGGAAAUGAAGCGGAAAGCAUAUGAGAUAAAAGAAGCGGAAGCCAAAGCUGCUCUUGAAGAGGAGAAGCGAAGACAACAGGCUGAACUGGAAGCUUUUGAAAACAGAUUAAAAGGACGAAGAAAGAAUAAGAGAAGAAAGGAUGAGGUAGAAGUUGAACAAUCAUCAUGGCAAAAGUACAAGAACCUUAUUAUGCUGCCAGUGUUCGGAGUUGCUGUUGUGAUGGUUGCAUGGCUCAUGGUCUACAAUGACUGAAAACAACUCAAUAUUUCAUAUACCUCAGUUGGACUUUAGGUAGCUGUUAUUCCUAGAAUGUUAGUCUGUGUGUAACAGAACUUAAUAAGUAUAGGUUAUAUAUGUAUACUAUUUGCUAAGAGAAAUGCAGAGGAGGGAAGAAAUGUCACUUUUUGUGUUAUUGCAUACACAGCACAAAACUGAACUCAGACACUGAAAGUAAUAGUAGAUUCUAGUCUACACUGAAGUGCUGAUAGUUUGAACUGAGAUUUGUUAACAUCUCUUCUAUUAGUAAUGUUAUUUUUCCUUGUCUCCAUUUCAUAAUAUUAAGAAUAGCUUAGUAUAAAAUGCUUUAUUGAGUAUGUUUCCUAUAAAAUCAGCUUAGUGGUUUAUUGAAGGUUAUGCUAAUCUUUAUGUUGUAUCACACAAUAGUUUCUGUGCUUCACGCCAGUUUUAAUUAUGACAACUAACAGGGGACCUUGGGUCACUUAGGCUUGAAUAUUCUGGGGCAUAUUCAGAGUUUUGUUCAGAUAAAGGAAAAUAUGAACUGUCUUUCAAUUCAGCUAUAUCACAAAACAGUGCCCCCCACCCCUCUUACAAACUGUGGGGUUUUCUUUUUUGUUUCACCCCGCCCCUUCCCACCCUUGUUUCCUCAAUACUCAAGUAACUGAAACAUUCCUUUAGUGGCCAGAUACACAUGCUGAACAUAGAUGUGAAGAAAUUUCAGGGUACAGAGGUGCAUUCUCACUGUUGCCCCAGUUGCCAACAGCAGAAAAACAAUUUGGAAUGAAUAUGAAUAUCAAGGGACUAUUUGUAUGGAUAAAUGCCAGAGUUGGGUAUUUGCACAGGUAUGCAAAAUUGUAAUUGGAUAGCGUAAUAAUACAGUUAUAUGAUAUUCUGAAGCCAUCUGGAUGGUGCUUGGAAGUCACAUUUAAACCAUCUAGCUAAACUUCUAAAUGUUUAAAUAUUUUCUUACUGACAGUUUUGAAUAUCUUGCUUUAUGUUAUCAGUAUUGGUUGAUAGAACUGGAAGGUUUUUAUCUGGCUUUGGAAUUGUCAGAGAAGCUAUGUAGUCUCAGAUGAGAGACUGCAAGUUAAAUUCAGGAAUGGAGAAAUCAGAAAACUGAAUUUUUAAACCUCUGCUACAAACUUUUUAUUGAUAUUUGAGCAUUGCAGGUUACUGCAAAGUGAUUACAAGCUCCUGCAAAAAAAGUAGUGCAUAGCCAACAGGUAUUAGUAUUAUGCCCUUGUAAUUCAGGCAUAUAAUUUCAUCACAAAUCCUGCAAAAACAAUGGGACUAUUCGUAUGAGUUAGUAGAAAAUGUUGCAGUUUGCUUAAAAGCUCUUUUGAUUUAACAGAUAUCUAAUUGUAAUUCUCAUUUAGCAGCAAGAAAAUAAAAUAGAAAAGCUGGAAAAAGGCAGAAGCGUUUGAUUAUCUUGACUAAGAAAACUGGGAUAAAAUCAGUUUCUUUUCAAUUUUUCACAGAAGUUUGGUGAAUGAGGAGAAAGGUGGGAAAAACUUGGCAAUAUUUUGUAUGGAUCGAUGCUAUUUUAUAGUACAGUAAUUUCACAAUUAUAAACCACACCUGAUUAUAAGCCGCACUUCCGGGUGUCGGCAACGUUUUG